AUGCCAGCGCCCCCAGCACUCUUUUCGACUCAAAAUCAGCAGGCUGCCCCGGCAGGAGUCUUUGGCACCGGGAUGCCAGCCUCCCACACCGACCUACUUUACGGGCAGCCAUUUCAACCAAGCGAGGUCACCUUCCGCACCACUCAAUUCUACAAGAUUCACCCUGCUUACAGCCAAUCCAGCUACGCGUCCCCCCGCAUCCCUCGUCUCCCGUCCAUCGCCCGUCCCGACCAACAUAAGAAAACAAAUAUUAGACGCAGCACCCGCCUCCAACAGUUUAAUGAGGUUACAUACUGGGGCACACUACACACAGAGACUUAUUGUUGUAUCUUUGUCACCCGCGCCGCUCAGCCUUGUAGCCUUUGCGGCGCACCUUCCCACCCCGCAUCCGCCUGCUCUAUCCCGGCCAAGAUCAAUAUUCAACAUAAUCCGACCAGGAAUUAUGCUCUUCCCCAUACACCAUCACCAGCCCCCCCUGCGACUAUUAUUCCCAGGCCAGUCGCACCUAAUCGACCCCUCUUUUCACCUAAUAUUAAUGGUGUGGACAAGAGGGGCAGACCUAUCCUACGUCAAGGCGGGCGCACAAUAUGCAACAACUUCAACGAAGAGGGGUGCAAAAUGUCACAAUGCCGCUACCUCCAUGUGUGCUCUUUCUGCGGCGGCGGACAUGCCAGGUCUGCUUGCCCGCAUAAUCCUACUUCCUUCAAGUCAGGUAAGCACCCCUCAACACCCAUCAAUAUCAUGGCACUGAAAACUGCUCUCCGUCACCAUCCUGAUCCCGCUUUUGUCGAAUUUCUUGUUACCGGUUUCAAGGAAGGCUUCUACCCCGGUAUAUCAGCAGAACCAUCUGUUUCAUUUGAAUGUAAUAAUCUGCAAUCAGCCAUCAACGAUCCUAGCUCUGUCGAUCGCCUACUCUCUAAAGAGAUCGAGCAAGGCUUCAUGAUCGGCCCCUUCUCUCAACCUCCCUUCCCUACCUUUCGUAUCAGCCCUCUCGGCAUAGCUACCCGAAAAUACUCAGGCAAGCAGCGGAUCAUCAUUGAUCUCUCAGCUCCGCACGGCACCAGCGCCCCCAGCGUUAACAGCCUCAUCCCUAGCGAAGACUACUCACUUCAUUACGCUACAAUAAACCACGCUAUCGCUCUCAUUAAACUUGCAGGCAAAAAUUCAUGGCUUCCAAAAACCGACAUCACCAGUGCAUUCAAAGUCCUCCCUAUCCACCCUGAUUUCUGGAGGUUUUUCGGCGUAAAAUGGCGAGGUGCUUACUACUUUGCAGUGAGACUCACCUUCGGCUGCAAAAGUAGUCCCAAACUGUUUGACACUUCAUCAGACGCCCUAUGCUGGAUAUUAUGUAAUAAUCACGGCAUCCAAUUCCUUGUUCAUCUCUUAGAAGAUUUUCUGCUCAUCAGCCCACCCUCUUCUCCUCCCGCAUCUGGCAUAGCCACACUGACCGCUGUGUUUGCCGACCUUGGCGUCCCACUAUCGGCGGAGAAAACGGAGGGCCCAUCCACUUCACUAGAGUUCUUGGGCAUCACGCUCGAUACUAACUCAUUCCAAGCGCCCCUCCCCAUUGAAAAGCUUAAACGUAUCUGUCUUCUCAUUUCUAACUUCCUCAUGGCCCCAUCUUGCACCAAACGACAAUUACUCUCACUCCUCGGCCACCUUAACUUCGCCCUACGCAUUAUCCCACAGGGUCGGGCAUUCAUUUCUCACCUUCUGUCUAUCGCCUCAUCAGUACCGUCGCUCCUGUCAUCCGUCUCACUAAACCCAUCUUGUCUCGCCGAGCUGCGCUUAUGGCUCCAUCUCCUCUCAAACUGGAACGGUAUUUCUUUCUUCUACGACGAUCAAUUAACCAACUCCCUCGAUAUUCAGCUCUUUACCGAUGCCGCUCCCUCAGCCGGUUUUGGGGGUUUCUUUAAUGGUAGAUGGUUCGCUUCUUCAUGGCCCCCAGAGAUCACGAACAAUUGCGAGGUCGCUUCCUCCGCGCUCUUCAAAAUCUACCCAAUCGUAGCUGCCGCCGUCCUAUGGGGACACGAAUGGUCCACAAAAUCCAUCCUCAUACACUCCGAUAAUCUCUCAGUAGUCGACAUCAUCAAUAAAGGUCGUUCCAACUCUAAUUCAAUCAUGCCAUUCAUGCGUCGCCUCACAUGGCACUCUGUUACCCACCAAUACAUCCUCCGCGCUGCCCACAUCCCAGGCCACCAUAAUGCUAUUGCUGACACUCUCUCUCGCUUCCUAUUUCAGAAGUUCAGAAACUUGGCUCCGAACGCCGACCCAAUGCCGACUGCAGUUCCUCCGUAUUCAGCGUUGACUUUCAAUGUAUAA